UAGGAUCAUUGUUGCCUUUUGGAGGGUGUGGGAGCGCUUGUGUCACUGUGUGUGUGUGUGUGCCAGGGUCGGGCACAACUGCUGGGUGUGCACUGUAAUGCAGUCACACAGGAUUUUCUGAGGAGGGGACAGCAGAAACAGAAAUAGACAAGUCGGGGAGGAGAGAGGGGGGGAAUGAACUGAUGGAUCAUCAGUGAAAACAAGAGCAACACAUACAAGAGACAGCCUCUUCCUUCUCCUGAAGCUCCCUUCUCUCUCUCUUAGAAUCCCUGUCUCUUAAAAACCGGAGCCAACCCUCAGAUGUUCACGACUGUGUCCUAGGAGUUGGAGCUGACACCCAUAGUCCUGCCCCUACCUGGCCCCUACCUACCCCCUGUUCAUCAGAAGCUUCAGCUGAGUCUCAUAGGCUGACCCUACCGUCCAGGUCUUCCAGAGCAUGGCGUUCUACUUCCUUUCCUAUCUGAGUCUCCAGGUCAGCCCUUAUAUAUCAGAACCAGCUUGUGUCUAAGGAGCUUGCCUUUGGAUGUUUCACCCAACUUUUAGUACAUGUCCCUACGGGUCAACAGUUGUAGGACCUGCAUCUACCUUGUAGACUUUUCCCUUGUUUCUGGUGCUGUCUUCAUCAGGAUUAUUCUACGACCCAUGGACCAAUAGAGGGUACAACUUUAUUGAGCACAGACCUUGAGUUAGCAGAAUUUGGGACUUCUGGAGCCGACUGCACACAUUAAGCACUCAGGAGAGUGUGUCAUAUCUCCUACAGGUGGUGGUCACAUCUCAGGACCCCUGUCCUUGCCUUUUGGUACAGCCUGUUACAAGGAACGUACUGUUUUUGCCUCAGGCUUUAUACCUGACUCUCAGGAUCCGACUCUUCCUCUGUAAUUAAUAUCUGUCAAAGAGAAACCAAAUCUGUGCCCCGGGGCCUAAAUCUGCCUCUGAGGGCCAAGAGUUCAUUAACAACAACAACCUUGUACCUAAUAUCAGCAUUUCCCAACUCUCAGAAACCUUCUCUGUCUCCAUUUUAUCUUAAUGUAAAGACUUGGUGCCUCUUUCCUCCUGUGUUUGAAAAGUCUGAUGUUGACAGUUGUCUUUGGGAACCUGUUCUACCUCUAGGGAUCUACAACCAUCAGUUAUGGGAAACAGCAAUGCAAAGAAUGCCUCGGAUCUCGAAACAGACCCACCCUUGGAUCCGAUAUCUACAGGCCUUUACAAGCCCCAUUUGUCUCCAGUAACUUCUCCAACACGUGACUCCUUCUACACACCACCAGUAAGCCCUGAGUAUGGACCCGGCCCAGUCGAGGCUGGGGCCUAUGGCAUCAGGUUUGAUUAUUUCCACAGGGGCCUGAACUCCAUUUUAAAGCCACAGGGUAAUGAAAAGGGGUUAGACAUACCUUUUGAUCGAGCCAUAAAAAGGAUCCAACAGGCGCUGGAAACCCUGGGGCAAAUGCAAAGACAGUUAGGAGAAGUUCUGAAUCGCAAAACUAACGCUGAAGUUCCCCGCAUACUGGAUUCUGCCCAUGGAUGGGAAGCAAGGAUAGGAGAUGUUCGGAGAGACUUGAGAGCAGGACUUAGAGAUCUUGGUAUUCUUAAGGAGCAGUAUAUCGCUAUCAAUAAAGGUGAAGCUUCCCGGACAGAUCUUGGGAAAGGAACUGUAACAGACAACCACAGAGACAAUCAGAUAGAAAGUGAGCGCCUGGAAUGGAAGCGUGAAGAAGAGAGGCUGAGGGCUGAGCUGCAAGAGCGCAAUAAAAUGCUACAAGAAUUCUCCAACAAGCUGAGGGUUCUGGAGUCCAAGAAAGAGGACGAGAACGGAGACAAACAGAGGCUGCAAGAGCGACUUGCUCAGCUGGAGGACGAUAAAGAGAAGCUGGGAAGAAAAAUCACAGAAAUGCAGGGGACAGUAGAGGAACUGACGUUACUUCAGUCAGACCUUCGGACAGCGGUAUCUGUAGCAGAGCGAUUCAGAGAGGAGGCCCAGCAGAAGCUUGAGAAAGUCGAGAAAGAGAACCAAAGGCAACGCAGUAAAGAAGCUGGUGAGGAGGAUUUCAAGGCACCCCCUACUGUGAAUGGCUCAUCCCUUGGGUACAGGAGUCUCCCACGUGGCGUCACCUUGAAUUCCACAGGGGAGUCGGCUUUAAAGAACAGAGGUGCUCUACCAACGAGUGGCCAAGAAACAGACUCUGAACUGUGGCGCAAGGAGAAAAAAAGACACAGCCUGGAAACCCUACAGUAUCCUAUCCCUACAGACUCCAAACCCAUUCAAAACCUGAACAGUGAUUCUGUCUCCUUUUUGCGCCGGUACGGAGGGUCCAAGAGGGGAGUGUUUCUGCGCUGGGCUCAAGAGCGGACUUGCGGUUACAAGUACGUGGUGAUUACAAAUUUCAGCAGCUCCUGGGUGGAUGGCAUGGCCUUCUGUGCACUGCUACAUUCCUACCUCCCUGACACCAUUCCAUACUCAGAUCUCCGGCCUUUGGAGAAGAGAAAGAACUUGGAAUUGGCGUUUGAAGUGGCAGAGGAACAAAACAUCCCACCCCUCCUGACACCUGAAGACAUGCUCCAGCGCCAGGGUCCUGAUUGGCAGAAGGUCCUUCUCUAUGUUGAAUUUAUCUACCAGAAAUUUGAAGCAUGAAUGGAUAAAUCCACUAAACCUUGUGCUGUAAUAAGUGGAGCUAAGAUUGUAUAACUCCUAGCUUGGGAGCUAGUCCUAUAUCUACUGAGCCCCAAUAUCCAUAACUACUCAUGGGAUCCCUUCUCUUGUGCUCCUCAUCAUAUGCACAAGCAUCUCUGUGAGUUGAAGUUAUGGACCUGUGACCUGCCAUGAAGGUAACUGAAUUCCCAGUGUACCUUGGAAUAUACUGAACUGAUGUCUUACCCUGGAAUACAGCUCUGUUACACUGCUUCUGUUACUGCCAUGGGGUUCGAUGGCUUCCUGAUCCUUCUGGGAAUCCUGGUCUAAAAGCUAAAGGCACCAAGUCGAGCCCUGUCCUUGACUGCCAUGCCUUGCUUAUUGUAUAACCCUGCCUGUGAUAAUGCCAUGGGGUUUGCCCUAUGAUGUUGAUGCUUCUCAGGAUCCCAACCUGUGAUAUUCUAAACUCUGGACUCAGCUUGGGAUCUGGUGGAUUUGCUGAGCUCCUAAUACUGAGAUCUUGCCUUUGUAUAUUGACCUAGUAAUUGUGAAUUAACUACUGAAUUCAUGGACUUGAAUGGCAUAGAAGCCCCUCAGGCUUCUUGACUUUGAAACCACUUUGAGUGUUUCCCAUUGACCUGUUGACUUUACAUUGCUCCUCUGGACACAAAUUUCUGGAAUCCCGACCAUUAAUCCUUGGAACUCCUACACUUCCUGGGCCCUUCUUUGGAUUUCAUCCUGAGAUCCUCUUUUGUGAUAACACCAGCUCUGCGGGGCCUUCUACAUCUGGCUUGUUUCCUGCUCUGCAAUUUUCCACCCAUGACUCUCUUCUUUUGGGUCCCAUUAAACCAUACUGCCCGCCAGAGACUAGCUGCCAUAUACUCCCUGGGACUCCAUGUCUAUUUAUUUGUGUUAUUUGUGUUUCUGCAGAGGACAAUGUCAGCUUUGAUACUUAAGGUGGCCAUACACGGGCCGAUUGUAGCUGCCGAUAUUGGCAGCUUAUCAGCCCGUGUAGGGGCAGGAA